CCGAGUGACGCAAAGGCGAGCAGACCUCAUGUCUGGCGAUUUAGUCCACUUUUGAAAGAAAACAAAUUUCUUCAAAAGUGUGGGGUCUCCUCACUGAUUCUUGUCGACUUCAUAAUCUUUCAGUUCCUUUUCACCUUCUUUUGUUAUUACCGUCAAUUUCCCUGCGGAAGUUGGCGGUAAUUUCGAACAACACAUCGAAUCUUCUGUGGAGUCGACGGCCAUUUUCAACUUAACUUAUUUAUUAUUCGUCCGAUUCGACACCAUUCUACACUCGAUCGCCACUUCUAUCCGUCUUUUUAAACCAUCUUCUUUCGAUAUUUCGCUUCUUCAAGUUCUGAGAUCGUCGCGAUGGCUCAGAAAACGCCAGUCAGCCUGAUGAACGAACUUGCGAAAGCGAACAAGAUGAAUCCUGAAUACAAAGUCAUCGAAGAGAGCGGACCAGCUCACAAGCGAACCUUCACUGUUCAACUAACCCUGGGUGAAGUAGGCACAUGGCAAGGCAAAGCAACAAGCAUUAGAAGUGCCAGGCAUGCUGCAGCCACCGCGGGUUUGGAGAACUGUGGGCUUUGUAUGCCAGAAAAAGAAAAGCCUAAAAUUCAACAAUUCAACGUGACUCCAACUGUAGAAUUAAACGUGCUGGCAAUGAAGCUAGGCAAGCUGACACAGUAUCAAGACCUGCAGCCUAAGAUCCCAUCGUACCACCAACCACAUGUCAAUAUGGGCUACCAUGGUCUUCAGAUGCAACAACAGCUUACGGGAAUGCACCACCACAUGCCCCGUCCACGCUCCCCUUAUGGCAUCCCCCAUCCAGGGCAGGAGAAUCAUUUUCGCCCUUACAUCCAAAAUGGCUACCGGCCCCGUUCUGCACUUCCUCGCAUACCCAGGAUCGCCUGUGUGAAGCUAAUGGUAGGAGAUAGGGAGUUCUAUGGCGAGGGCCCUGACAAGCAAAAAGCGCGGCAAAAUGCGGCAGAAAAAGCAAUCAAGAUCAUGCGUGAGGAGCUGGCUGCUUCUGGACAAAAGGAGAGUUCUAGCAAUCUGGAGGAACAGAAAGUGUUUGUUCAGAACGCUGAAGCCACUGUUAAUGGUAACAAACCAGACAUUACACCCAAUGAAAGUGUCACUGAGGUAAAAUCUGAGAUCAGUCAAGUGUAUGAGAUAGCCUCCAAACGGAAGCUGCAAGUUGGAUUUGAAGAUGUGAAGAGCAGUGGUCCCCCUCACAUGAAGCGUUUUGUGAUAAGUGUCACAGUGGGUGAGUUUAUGACCGUGGGCGAAGGUUCUAAGAAGAAAGACGCCAAGCUAGAAGCGGCAAAGAAAAUGCUUGAAGAGCUACAGAAACUACCUGAGUUACCCAAAGAGGAGACCAGCUACAAGAACAGUGGCCGGUUUGUUCGUCGCGGGCCUCGUAUCUCGAACUGGAAAACAAAGGGAGAGAUAAAUCCCUCCCUGAAUCCAGUAAGUAUUCUUGGGCAGAUUCUACAGCGCAGACAUGAGCAACCACCCAUCUACCAAAUGCUUCAUGAGAAGGCUAUGGCACAUGACAGAGAAUUCACCAUAGAGGUGACUGUCGGGCAGCACAAGGCUACGGGAGCUGGUCCGAACAAGAAGGAGGCCAAGAAGAAAGCUGCUGAAGCUAUGUUACAGCUGAUUGGAUUUCGCUCUGCUGACGGACAGCCAGCUGCAAAUAUCUCGCAGGGAGAGAAAGCUGUCAAAACUGAGAAGAGUGAUGCUGAACAGAAGGUCUCUUUUAAUGGAAGUGGAACAGGCAGUCAGCCAGCCACCAUUCUUGGCCGGCAGCUCAAGCCUGGUCUGCUGCCGAUGGUUCCUGAACUGGCCAAACAGACUCGAUCAGACAUGAUGAACUCCGUGGUUGCUCCCAUUGCACUAGUGAAGCAGGAACCUCAGGAGCCAGCUCUACAAGGUGGGUUAAACCGAGCCCCUGGUGCCCCAGUGGUCAAGACAACUCCUGGGAAACAUCCAACUCCAGUUCAAAAGCUUCUGCAGCUGGCUGAGGUUGAGGGAUUACGAGUGCAAUUUACUGAUUACCCCAAGGAGAGAGAGUUUCUCACACUGGUAACAGUGUCGUCCAUUCCGCCUCUCACAUGUUAUGGGUCAGGAGCAACUGUGGAAGCUUCACGUGAGGAAGCUGCAAGUAACGCCUUGAAACCAUUGCUUCAGUUGGGCUUGGAUCACACUAACAAACUUAAAUCCUUUGAGGAAAGCCAAGCUUCUUUGCAAGGCGGUAUUAAAACUCAACCAUCUGCCACUAAUGAUGUCACUACCAGUGAUGAAGGAAGAGAGAGCCAACCAAAGAAAGAUUAACAGCAACUUCCUACAAAUGAAAUGCUGAGAAAGUUAAGGGAUGGAUAUUUAUGAAGAUCUUGAUUUGGGGUUUGAUUUGGACUAGAAAACGAAUGGAAAUUUUCUGAAAGAUUUUCCUGACCAGGAAGAAAAUGAAAACUGAAGUCUAAAGUUAUUAAUGUCUGAGAAAAAUGGCUGCCCCAAGCUCUUAGUUUAAUUCCCUAGAUUUGCUUCCAUUCCAAGAGUAUGAUUUCUUUCACAAUGUUGAACUUGGGAAAAGACAACAGGUUGGAUAGAGCAUGGGUAAAGUUUCCAAACAGUGGUCACACAUAUCUUCUCCAGUUUGUACAAAUUCUUUUCCCUGGUCUCCAUAGAUAUUAUAACAUACUGUAUAAUAUAUUAUUAUUUAUUGAUGAAUUCUUGGUUGCAACAGUUGCAAUUUUUUUUCCAAGGUCAGGAAAAAGUAAGGGAAUUGUCUAGUUAGUAGAAACCUAAGGUCAUCAUCAACGGAAUUGGGGAAUUCUAUUUUACAGUGGUUACAAGUUUUGAUAAGUGUUGUUGAUAAUGGCCAACUUAUUCAAGGCUCAAAACAGGGCUGUCUAGUCAUCCAGGAGAAGUAGAUUUUGUUGUCAGGUUAGUAACUUUUUAUUCUCACUUGCCUAAUGCGCAACAGUCAGUUGAAAGUUGUAGAAUUUCAGAAUUUUUGAGAAUUCUGUUGGAGAGUUUUUGUUUUCUGCCUGAUUGACAACCAUGAAUCAAAAAGACUUCUAUUGCACCUAGAUACCAUCCUACUGAGUGACUGUUGUACGAAUUCUUCUAACUGGCCUCUGCAUAUUGUUAUAAUGUUAGUUGGGAGAAUUUUGACACACAUCAAGACAAUUCCUGUGACUCAGGUGACCACUUUUUUUUACUCUGCUAUCAUGUGCAUUAGCUGUAGUGUUAAUGUUUUAAGGGAAAAUUAAAUUGAGAUGAAAAAAAAAGGUUGUAUUGGUCUAAGUUCUGAAUAUGAUGUUGAUUGCUGAUCUUAUCACAUACAGGGUAAAAUUACUCAACUAACUGGCAAUCUUUAAUACAGCCAUGGCCAUCGCUUUGCUGUCCCAUCAGUUGUGAUGGUGGCCUUUUCUGAGUAAAGUAGAUUGACUAUUUGCUAAAGUCCUACCUCAUCUAGUGCUUGUUAAAGAGGCAGUUGUAAAGCAUUAUUUUGCAUGGUUACAUAUGGCUUGGUUGCUUUUUACAUCAAGAGUAAGGACUUUUAGUUACAUUGUGAUCUGAAAUGUCAGUUUUAUUCUCACUCGAUGGAAUGUGAAUCGAUGUUAUUCAUUAUGAACCACAUACCUUAUCUUCGAGUCCUUUCAAAUUCUUUUUCCAACAGCUUCAUUGAUUUUUACAGCUGCAAAGUUGUUUCAUCAAGUGAUAUGAGAAAGAACAGAGCAUAAUGUAACAUUUCGCAUCCACAAUGGCAGUUGACAUGAAACUUUGAAUUUACCUUAUGUAAGUAGUUGCAAAAUGUUCACAUUUUGUGAUGUCUUACAUGAACAAGACAAAAAACAUAAACAAACUCUUGAGAGUGUGUUAACAUCUGCAGUGUUCAGUUUAGGAGCAGAUCUCAAGCAAAACACCCUAUCUGGGAAGUUUAUGGACAACUUCUGAUGAUGUAGUGUGGCACACAUCACUUGAUCCAUUGCAAUUUGCAAUUUCUCAUCAACACAUCCAAAUCACCCCAGAAUGCAUAAUUUGCUAAGCAUGCUUAUUAUUUCAUGCGUGGCUAGUAAUGGAUUGAGUUAUCAUAUUUGUGUAUGCAAAUUACAUAAAAAGCGAAUAGUUUUAUUGACGUUCGGCCAGAUUUGUGAUAUGUCUGGCCAACAUAGAGAUUUGAAGGGACACAUGUCCUGCUAUGUAAUAAAAAUUAUUUCCAGCACUGGAUAGGGUAGUUAAAAACACACAUCAAGAGGAGAAUUUUAUCAGAGUGGCACAUGUGGAAAGACGUUUCUUACUAGCCAGGGAGUUAGAUUUAUUAAGCAGGAGUUGGGUAACAUACUCAGCUGCAGCUUGAAUUUUACCAGUUGUGAAAGCUGGGAAAGAAGGAUAUGGGUAGAUUUGGAAGCUAGUACAAUGUACCUGCCUAUAGACAAAGUAAAGGAAUUUCUGGAUGUUUCAAUUCUUGAUUUAGUGUUUGUUAGUGAUUUUAAGAAUAUGCCUUAAUCUUGUUCAUGUUGUAUCAGGAAACUAAAACAAUGUAGUCACUGGAACCUCGAGAUGUGGGAAACUGCAGUUAAUGUUCAAGCCUGUAAUACUCCUAAAAAUAUUAAGACUGGUCAUAAAUAUAUUACAUAUUAUAUAUAAAUUACUGCCCUCUGUGUAUAAUUGGAUCUGAGAUCAGUUUGUGCCAGCACUACUGCUUGGCUUUGUAUGUCGUGAACCAUUAAUGUUGUAAGCUAAAAUAUUACAGAAGUGUAGCAGCUCUUGUAAGCUUGUAAUUCUUGUUUGGGGCUAGGGGCAUUUUUUAAAUAGUUUGUUUUAUUGUCUUUUCAAAGGGUAUCAAGCCAUUCAUGUGAGACCUUACAAGAGCUGCCACCUGACCCAAAUAUUAACAAUACUAAUUUAUUAAUCUAUGAAAUUAUUGAAGCAACAGUUCCUUGGUUGCAAUUGUUCUUUAAUAAAAUGCCAUCAUUGGCA